AUGGCUUCAGUGGGCUUUACAGACACUAUUCCAUCAUUGCAAAGCGUGAUGCAAUACCAGGACAAUUACCAGUGGCUAGAUGCUACUUCGGUUGUCCCAUGGAAGACUUCUAUCCCGCCGGCCAUUAGUCAUCUUCCCGCAGAUUUGGCAACAUAUUAUUUCAAGAACGUCUGUUCAGUUUUCUCCAGUUUUGACUCGGAACUCAAUCCGUUCCGAUCAUACGUUUCCCAAGUCUUCUCGUACUCUGCGCCUGUAUUCAAUGCAAUGCUGAGCGGUUCUGCGGCAAGACUAGCGGACGAGAAGCCACAGCUGAAAGUUGUCGCUCUUCAAUAUCAGAGUCAGGCCUUGAGGUGUAUCGCCGAGAGCCUGAAACAAACGAACAAAGUCCGCGAAGACACCUUAUUCGCAAUAUUUCUCAUAGGAUUGAGUACAGCGUGGCACGAUGGAAAGGAUAUUGGCAUCGCUCACUUCCAUGCUGCCCAGCGAGCCAUCUCAUCAAACUCAAUAUCCGCAAGGGGGAACAAUCAGUCAAUGGCCAACUUCUUCAAGUCUGCUCUCACAUACUGGGAAAUGGCUAUCAGUAUCGUCAGUGAUGAAGUAGAGUUCAGUUCCGACAUAGAGGCUGCCAUAGCGGAAGAAAGUCCCAACAUGGCAACCAUAGACACAAGGGAGUCCACCAAGCCUCGUAUAACUCCACAUCCAUGGACUGGGGUGUCAUCACCUAUCCAAGCUAUCUUCAGCCGAGCCACAAAGGUUAUCCGGUCGUUGAGACUAGUUGAUGAUCGCUCUGAUGCUGGCCUGCUCAGAUACAAGAAACUCAGCCAAGACGCAACGAAACUAGAAGAAGCUCUCUGGUCUGUUGCAUUGCCAGAUAUAACGGAGAUUGAUGAUUCGGGAGAUCCUAACACGCCACCACACCACCACGUUCUGCUUGCAGAGGCAUACCUAUUUGGUAGCUUAUAUCAAAUAUAUCGCAAGUUUCCCGGCGUCCUACUGCACCGUCAAGAGUACAUAUCAUCUGCUGGGUGGCCUCCGAUAGGGCCCAAAAACAAUCCGAUAGCGGAAUGGUAUAACUCGCUGUCCAAUGCGACUUCCAAUGCGACGUUUCUAAGCUCUCUCGGGUUUAGCGUGCUCGAUCGCCUACAAGAGAUCCCAAUUACAUCUGGCACCAGGUCUGUUCAAGCUAUUUUAAUAUUUGUCGCCGCCGGUUCACUGGCUAUACCAAAUCCAUUCAUUCAAGGGUCCAAUCAGCACGAUGACUAUGUAUCACCUCUCGAAGCAGGUUCGGCUUUACAGCACGACCAUGUCAUGGAUUUACGACAGUUUACAAUUUCCCGGCUGGCAUCCCUCCGGUCACUGGUCCAUUCGCGGCCAGUUGACCUGAUGUUACAAGUCAUCAAGGAGAUGUAUAGGCGUCUUGAUAUGGGAGAAGAAGUUUUUUGGAUUGAUCUUAUUCGCGAAAUGGAGUGUGAGACCAUGUUUGGGUAG